AUUUCAAGUGAUCGAUUCUAUGGGGAAGCCACCUAGUGGAAUCUUCAAAGGAAAUUUUAUGUGGAUUGGAAGUUACAAAGAAUGUGUUGAUGUUGAAGUUCCACAGGUUGCAGUAAAUGUAUCUGACAUAUCACAUGUGUUUGGUGAUUUUAGUGGGCAGUACUGCUUGAGUAACUGGGGGCUACAAUUUUCCAAAGCGGUCAGCAUUCCAGUCACUGUUGGUCUUUGUUUGCCAAGUAGCUGCAAGAAUGAUGCAAUUCAAAAAGAAGUCUCUACACUGUGGAAGAUAAUUGGUAGUAGCUCUUCCCUGAAGAGGAAAAUGAAAAGUGUAUCUUUAAGUUCAGUGACUUGCAAAUCACAUUCGAUACCAUGGAAAGCUGCAGAUAUUGUGGCUUUGGUUUUGUAUUCCUUUAUGGGAGCCCUAUUAGUGGUUGGUACUUCCUAUGAUGUCAUUAUAAAAUUAAUUUUUGAAAAGACCAAACAAAAACAGUAUUCUACUGAUGAACCAGGACAAGCAGAUAGUUUAGUCAAGUGUUCUGAACCUACUCCUGAUCAUUCUGGCUCUGAAAACAACAGUUCUGUGCCUCAUCCUGUUGACCUUUCUAACCCUGAAUGUGAUAAUACAACCAACACUCUUUAUGCUGAGAGUGAAGGAAGUAUUUCAAAACAGGCAGCUGCACUGGAUAGUAACCAGCACCAAAUUGUUGUACCUUGUACUGAAAAACUCAUUUCAAAAGAAACAUUGUAUUCCCCAGGUAUUAUUGGAAAAAUUCUUCUUUGUUUUUCUGUGUAUGCUAAUGGAGCAAAGAUAUUGGAUGCUACCCCACCUAAAGGUCAUCUUGGUUGUGUACAUGGUAUUCGGUUUCUCAGCAUGACAUGGGUCAUACUAGGUCACACUUAUGCUUUUGGAUAUCCUUUCUUUGAGAACACGUUAGAAGGCUUGAAGCUGGUAGAUAAAUGGACAUUUCAAGUUAUUUUACAAGGAACUUUUUCUGUUGACACAUUUUUUCUUUUGAGUGGGCUACUUAUAACCUACCUAUAUUUAAAAGAAAUCAAUAAGGGUGGAAAGAUCAAUUGGAUAUACUUUUAUGUACAUCGCUUCUGGAGGUUAACCCCGCCAUUUAUGUUAUUACUUGCUUUUGAUGCUGUGUUGUGGAAGCAUCUUGGAUCAGGACCAUACUGGCCUGAGGAAGGAAUGGAAGGAACCAAGUGCUCAAAGUACUGGUGGCGGAAUCUUUUGUACAUCAACAACAUGUGGAAUGCAACAGAGAUGUGCAUGGGAUGGACAUGGUACUUGGCCAAUGACAUGCAGUUCUAUAUCAUUAGUCCUUUGUUUCUAGCAUUCUUUAACAGUCACUCCAUAAUAAGCUUAAUUAUCGUUGGUGCUUUGAUGAUAACCUGCUGGACUUCAACUGGUGUGCUAAGUUCUAUUCAUGAAAUAACUGCUGCGAUCCAAUUGGAUAAGGAUGCUGAUCCGAAUGUAGCUCAAAGAAUGUAA